CUGCGCUUCCGUGUUUACACACCCACGAAAAAGGAGGGGACUAGCGGCGCAAAGUAUGCUCACGGAGCAAGCAUAGAGCGGUGGUGAGGAAAGUGACGGUGUCACAGCAUAGGCUCACUAUAUGGUAAAGAAGAGGUAACUUAUUCUAGCUUUCAAAAUUGCUUUUUACAGCGGAAUGUUCACUCGAAGGGGCCAUGGAGACGUCAAGAAAUCUACACAGAAAGUUCUGGACCCAAAGAAGGAUGUAUUGACCCGACUGAAGCACCUCCGGUCACUGUUAGAUAUCAUUGAGAAGAGUGAAUUGAAGACCUUCUUCGAAAGCAACUGUUCGCAGAUUUAUUUUAUCUUCUAUGAAAAUUUCAUUACACUGGAAAGUAACUUAAAGCAAAAAGGGAACAAAUCUCAGAGGGAGGAGCUGGACUCUAUCCUCUUUAUUUUUGAAAAAAUUCUGCAGCUUCUACCAGAACGAAUCUACAGUCGAUGGCAGUUCCACAGUAUAGGUUCUAUUCUGAAAAAGCUUUUGCACACUGGAAAUUCGUUCAAGAUCAGAUGUGAGGGAAUUCGUCUGUUCCUGCUGUGGCUGCAGGCCCUGCAGAAUAACUGUGCAGAGGAGCAGUUCCUCAUCUUCGCCUGCCUGGUGCCAGGCUUCCCUGCCGUGCCCUCCACCAGAGGACCCUGCACCCUGGAUACCAUCAUCUACAACCCUUUCUCCAACCCGCCCGAUGCCAAGGUGGUGCCUGAGGAGAUUACCCCGCUGGUGCCAGCUGUGCCAGGGGAGAAGCUGGCAGACGACCAGACCUGCUACAUCCUCCAAACCCUGCUCAAGUUUAUGGUUGUCCAGGCGUCCAGUUCAGAGUGGAAGAACAAAGACAACCAGGACACCGGCUUCAGGUUUCUCUUCAGUCUGUUCAAGAAGUACUACCUUCCUCACCUCUUCCCCUCCUUCACCAAGCUCACCAACCUUUACAAGCCGCUUUUAGACCUCCCCCACCACAGACCAAAGCCUCUGUAUGUCCCGGUGACCCGUAACAACGAGAGCAUGUUCUGUACGAGAGACCAGUACCUGGCUCCCCGUGUGGCCUUUAUCACCUGGCUGGUCACCUUCUUCCUGGAGAAGAAGUACGUCAGCACCGCCACCCCCAGCACGAAGAACGGGACUAACGAGGUCAUCCCCAAACUCAUCCAGACUGUCACUGCAGGCAGUAGCAGUCAGGAGAAGGAUAAAGACCGUGGUGGGGAGGGGGAGCCCAACGGCCCCACAGAGCCAGAGAAGAGCCACUCUAACAGUAGCACGCUGUCUGACCGGCGCCCCAGCGACUCCAGCCUGUGCAGCAUCGACGAGGAGCACCGCAGCGUCUACGACAUGGUGCACGCCAUCCUGCUCUCCACACGGGACAACAUCAACUUCGUCAACGAGGUCUUUCAUCAGGCCUUCCUGUUGCCCUCCUGUGAGGCGUCAGCGACCCGGAAGGUGAUCAAGGUGUACAGGAAGUGGAUCCUGCAGGAGAAGCCAGGCUUCAUGACGGAGCCGGACAAGAGCAGACAGGCCGAGGUGGAGGAGAACCCAGAGCAGCUACUCAUCACUGAGACCGAUAGCACACACACACAGGUGUUGGAGAGUCAUGGUCACAAGCGCUCGUCCAGUUGGGGCAGAACAUACUCCUUCAGCAGUGCCAUCAGCCGGGGCUGUCUCACUGAGGAACAGAACAGAGACAUCAAGGCUGGCAUCCAGUCCACCCUGCAGGUGUUCCUGACCAACUCGGCCAACGUGUUUCUGCUGGAGCCGUGCCAGGACGUGGCCAAACUACUGGACAACCAGGUGGAGGUGUGCAAGGGGGUGCUGAGCAUCUACCGCCACGUGAUCAUGGAGCACGCCAUGAACACACAGACAUGGGAGCAGAUGCUACAGGUGCUGCUGAGGAUCACUGAGGCGGUGAUGAAGAGGCCUCAGGAGAACCAAAGAAAAGACAUCUUUGCUGAGAGCCUGGCUGCCAUCCUUUUCCGGACGAUCAUCGUGGCGUGGGUACGGGCCAACCUGUGUGUGUUCAUCUCUCGGAAGCUGUGGGACGAGCUGCUGUCUGUGCUGUCGUCUCUGACAGGCUGGGAGGAGCUGGUGACCGAGUGGGCCAGCAUCAUGGAUUCUCUGACCGCGGUCCUGGCCCGCUCCGUUUACGGCCUGGACAUGAGCAACCUGCCCCUGGACAAACUCAGCGAACAGAAGGAGAAGAAACAGAGGGGACGGGGGGUGAUCCAGGACUCCCAGAAGGCAGCAGCGGUGGCCAGGUCCUUCUCUUUGAGCUGGAGGAACCAGGGAGACCAGCAGGGGGUCCAUGAGCCCAUGAGGUUCCGCAGCGCUACCACCUCAGGGGCCCCCGGCGUGGAGAAGGCACGCAACAACGUCCGACAGAAAGCCACAGCUAAGCGAAGCCAGUCUAUCAGCAGCUGUGUCCAUCUUUACGAGGCUCUGCCCACUACUAAAAGCGUUCCUAUGCUGCUUCACACUGUGAGCUCUUUCUUGCCUGGUCUCUCCUCCUCUUCUGGUAUCUCUUGCUCUCACAGGCUUUCAGAUGUGGAGGAAGUCCAGCUGUCUGAGUGUGGGGGAGACGGGGAGCUGGAGGCUGGAGACAGCCCUCUACCACGCAGCAGCAGCACCUCCGACAUCACACAGCAACUGACUGACACCUUCCCAGGCCACAAGAGGGAGUACUCCCCCAACAACUCCUGUGGCUCCGAUGGCAGGGCGUCGGAAGCGAGGACAGACGGCGACCCGCCAGUGAUUCUGAUCCGGCGGAGCAGCAGUCCGGCCGAGCUGGACUACUCUGUAGAGGGACACAACAACUAUGCAAGACCCACGCUCCAGGAGAAAAGUGUGAGUGUGAGCAGCGAAACGUCCAACGGCUACCUGAACGACGCUGACGGCAGCCUGCUGGCCUGGCAGGCCUUUGAGGAGGAGGCAGACACCCAGUCAGCCCAGAUAGAUGUCACAGCAGACACAGGGAGCCAGAGGAACCUGCUGCUCAGCCACAAUGAGGCCCUGGCAGACAGCCGUGAGUGUCUGACUGAUGAUGUCAGCAUCAUCGCAGGCGGGAGCCUGACCGGCUGGCACGCUGACUCUGCCUUUGUGCUCUGGAGAAGGAUUCUGGGUAUCCUGGGGGACGUCAACAGCAUCCGCUGCCCCAGGAUCCACGCCAAGAUGUUCAGUUACCUCUACAACCUCUGGCACAAACUGGCUAAGAUCCGGGACAACCUGGGCAUCAGUGUGGAUAACCAGUCGUCUCCUCCCCGGCCUGUCUUCAUCCCUCCUCUCAGAAUGCUGGCCUCCUGGCUCUUCAAGGCCACCAUGCUGCCUGCAGAGUUCAAGGCGGGUAAGCUGCAGGCCUAUAAACUCAUCUGUGAGAUGAUGACCAGGAACCAGGAUGUGUUGCCCAACAGUGACUUCCUGGUCCAUCUCUACCACGUCAUGCACAAAGGCUUCACCAGCGUGGACCAGGACAUUCUGAACACGGUGAUCCGUUCCUUUUCCCCGCGCUUCUUCUUCCUGGGCCUGCCUGGCUUCACCAUGCUGGUGGGAGACGUCAUCACCGCUGCAGCACGUGUCCUCAGCAACGACUCCUCCGAGGCUCCGAGGAUAGAAGCACAGACCGUCCUUGGGUCGCUGGUCUGUUUUCCCAACCUUUAUCUGCAGAUUCCACUACUGCAGACCGUUCCCGGAACUGAUGACAUCGUCGUCGGGAACGAGGACAUCAAGGACUAUCUGGUCAACAUCUUACUGAAGACGGCACGGAAUGAACCCUAUGAAGCGGCCAGGUGUAUAGCUGUAUGUAGUCUGGGCCUGUGGGUAUGUGAGGAGCUGAUGCAGCAGAAUAUUCACCACCGGGUCGAGGAUGCCAUCAAUGUUCUGGGCGUAACACUAAAGUUUGGGAACAAAGCUGUGGCUCAGGUAGCCUGUGACCUGUUCCAGCUCCUCAUCUCUCACUGGGAACACCUCCAGAGGCUAGAGUGCUCUCUCCCAAAGAAAAUCAUUGAGAUCUUUGUGGCCACUAUAGCAUUUCUGUUGCCGAGCGCAGAGCACUCGACGGUGGAGGCUGACAAAAAGCUGAUGGUGUCUUUGCUGCUGUGCCUGCUGGACUGGUGCAUGGCCAUGCCCCUGAGUAUGUUGCUGGAGCCCAUCACCAUGCCCGUGCUGGAGGACCCCACAUCCCACAAGGCCCCUCUGCUCGACUACAUCUACAGGGUGUUACACUGCUGUGUCUCUGGCUCCAACCUGCACACCCAGCAGAGCCACUACCUCCUGAGUCUGUCUGACCUCUCCACUGACUACGACCCCUUCCUCAUGCUGGGCCAGGUCCAGAGCUCAGAGCCCCUUCUCUCGCACACCGCUGCAGACUUGGGCAGCCUGCUCACCGUGGCCGAGGAGAAGAAAAGGCGGAACGUGGAGCUGAUCCCUCUGACGGCACGGAUGAUCAUGACACACCUUGUGAACCACCUGGGCCACCAUCCCCUCAGCGGUGGUCCCGCCCUCCUACACAGCCUGGUCAAUGAGAACCACGACAACCCCUUUGUGGAGUCAUCAGAACUCUCCUCUGAGGUGUUCAAGAGCCCCAACCUGCAGCUGUUUGUGUUCAACGACAGCACCCUGGUGUCUUACCUCCAGGUGCCCUCGGAGCUCUCUGGUCCAGGGGAAGCCCACGACAACUCCUCCCAGGUACGCGUCAUCGUCAGGGACAUCUCUGGAAAGUACUCCUGGGACGGAGGGGUUCUCUACCGCACCCAGGAGGGAGUCAAUGGGAUGCAUCAGGCGAGUGAAAACUCCUCCAACCACUCCGCCACCAAGCCCACCUCGCCGGGGACCUCUGAGCGCUCCUACCCCCCAGGCUUGGACUCCCAGUCAGGCUGUGAGGAGGUGGAUGUCCUGGACCAACUCCUGGAGGACCUGGGCAACAGUAGCCCUGAGUGCCUACCCCAGCCCCGGCUGAGGCUCAACCAGCCAGCCCCCUCUCCCUGUGGGAUGAACCUGGAGCUGGAGGGGGCCAUCGUGGAGGCCAUCCUCAGGCAGACACAGCAGGAAGAAGAGCAGGUGAAGAGGUGGAAUGCAGACGUGAGCGUCAAGGCCGCCAGCCAGAGAGAACCCACUCCACAGGAGCCCAAAGCCCCUUUCUACUUCUGCAGACUGCUACUCAACGACCUGGGCAUGAACUCAUGGGACCACAGGAAAAGCUUUCAUCUCCUGAAGAAGAACUCUAAACUCUUGAGAGAAUUGAAGAAUUUGGAUUCCAGGCAGUGCAGAGAGACGCACAAGAUCGCUGUGUUCUACAUCGGAGAGGGUCAGGAAGAUAAGUGCUCCAUCCUGUCCAACAGCGCAGGCAGCCAGGCCUACGAAGACUUUGUGUCUGGCCUGGGAUGGGAGGUUGAUCUAGCCACCCACUGUGGCUUCAUGGGAGGGCUUCAGAGGAACGGCAGCACAGGACACACUGCUCCGUACUACGCUACCUCCACGGUGGAAGUCAUCUUGCAUGUGUCCACACGCAUGCCGUCCAACUCGGACGACUGCCUCACCAAAAAGCUGCGUCACCUGGGCAACGACGAGGUUCACAUAGUGUGGUCGGAGCACAGCAGGGACUACCGACGUGGCAUCAUCCCCACUGACUUUGGCGACGUGCUGAUCAUCGUGUACCCCAUGAAGAACCGCACGUUCUUCAUCCAGAUCAUGAAGAAACCACAGGUCCCCUUCUUUGGGCCUCUUUUCAACGGCGCCAUCGUCACAGGAACGCUGCUGCCCAGCCUUGUGCGUGCCACCUGCAUCAACGCCAGCAGAGCUGUCAAGUCCCGCCUGACGCUUUACCAGAGCUUCUAUGAGGAGCGGGCGCUGUACCUGGAGGCCAUCGUGCAGAACCACCGGGAGGUCAUGACCUUUGAGGACUUUGCCUCGCAGGUCUUCUCCCCUUCACCCAGCUACUACCCAAUGAGUGGGACAGAUUAAAACAUGUUAAAGGUGUCAUUACAGUAAUUGAAGAAGGCUCUCUCAGCGGCAGCACGAGUGCUGAGCUCAGUGUUUCUUUAGGAACGGACCAGGCGGACCAGGUCUCCCCCACGAUUCCCCGUGCCACAAAGAACAGAGUUUCCGGAAAACUCCGCCGAUCAGCCAGCGCCAUAAGCAAAUCUUCCAACUGAGCUCUCUCUCGCCCGACCCACCUCCCAAAUCUCCCCUGCUUCGUCUUUACUACAGGUCCUGCUGUGAAACCCAUACCUAGCCCCUCAUGACUGAAGUUUUGAGUGUGUGCAUUGUUUGUUUUAUAUCUCGUUUAAACAUAUAACUGGAGCAUAUUGCAAUUUUUUAUUUAUGUGGCAGUUAUUGAUACUUUGAUACAUUUCCAAUUGUUUUACUGUUAAACUGCAUAUUUGACCUGAAGAAGAAAUGUAAGCUAUUGAAGUUUGUUCCGAUGUUGCUGCGUUUUCUGAAAGAAUCUGAUUAAUAUCACUUGUCAGUACAGCAAUUAAAUAUAGACAGGGAAUUGACUGAACAAUCAUGUCUGGUGGCUUAAAGUCCACAUAUCGUCAACAUUUCAGAAUUCCCUUUCUAUGUCAAAACAAGGAUCUCUAUGGUUGUGACAUAGAAAAGGAAUAUGAUCACCCAUAUGCAUUUUGGUAAGGGUCUUUCCACAAAAUGAGUUCCUUUUGUACCCCCUUCAUAUUUUAAGUAGAAAUUGUGCACCAAUAUUGAAUUUUAAAAGCCUCUUAUAUUAAAUGAAGUGCUCUUUAAAAGACUCCACAUGGAGAAUUCAAUAAAUCUGUUUUUCUUUCAUGAAUAAAGACUUGCUAAAGUGCCAAAAUGCAGCGUUUUGACAUUUCCCUCUGUGACCUUUCGGAAGAUGUUAACCCACUUAACCCCAAAGUUUUCACCAUCAUUGUAAAGCCCUAGUUAUUUUCUUCGUUUUAACAAAGUCAUUUCUGGAGAUGAUCUAUUUCAUGCGAUUCAUUUUAAGUAAGAACAAAAGACAUGCCACUCGUUUUAAGGUCAACCCUGCUAUGUGAACUGUGAUCUGAACUUUUAGUAUAGUCUACGAGUAAUCAUUUUUUCAAAAGAAACAUUGAACAUGUCAUAGUAAAAUCAUAGUGUAAAAGCAGGUUCUUGAUGACCUGGUUCUCUUUUUGCCCGUUUUGUGGUGGAGAACUGAGCAGGUCGACAUAACACAUUAACCCUGUUACUCAUAGAUAGACAGGCUAGAAAUGUUUUUUUAAAUUUUAUUUCUAAAAUGGUGAAGCUGCAUUCAAUUUCCCCUCCCUGUCCCUAAACACAAGCUUCCAAUCCCCCUGUCGCAAGGGGAAUUAUGGCUGAUUUUAAGAAUUUUAUUUCAUUUUUUUAUUUAACCUUUAUUUAACUGGGCAAGUCAGUUAAGAGCUCAUUCUUAUUUACAAUGACGGCCUAGGAACAGUGGGUUAACUGCCUUGUUCAGGGUGAAAUCGUCAACCCUGUUACUUUUUUUUGGCACUUAAUAGGCGCUUAAUCUUUUUAUUUAACCUCUUGAGAUGGGAAAACUUGUUCUUUAUGAACACAUGUUGAAUGUUCAAAUUAUAUGAAAUAAAACGUAGUUUUCUUCACCAAGUUACACUACCCAAAAGGGACUCAUUUCAUGGUUUUCCCAUUGACUGGCACCCCCCCCCCUGCAAUUCUGCUGUGUAAAUCACUGAUGAUACUCUUACUGUUGACAGGAUAGGAUCAUAUUUAAGUGUGUUGUUUUGUCCUUGGCCUUGAGCCAUGGAAGUCUGUUUGGACCAUACUCAUCCUCAUGUUGUGGAGAGGUGGAAGGGCUGUGACAUAGGAGGUGCUGCUCUAGCAUAAUGCUGCACCACACCACACACUUCCUGGUUACGGAGUGCUGUGAGCCAAUGCAGUAGGAGUCUGUUUUUAAUAGUUAUGAACCUGGAGUGGACAAUCAAUGAUGUCUUUCCAACCCAGAGGUGAAUCGAAAACUUUUUUUUGUUUUUUUAUCGCUAUAAGGAUCUUUUUAAAUGGAUUCAGUCUUCCUUUGAUUUAUGCAACUCUGCUGGAAAUGAGAAAAGACUGCAUUUCUAAUUGUUUAGUGAUGUUACACUGUGUAGGAUUGUUUAACCUGGGUUCAUAACCUGUAAUCCAGUAACUUCCAUCUGUCUCUUCCUCUGCCAUUGUUCUCUCCUGUUGUAAAGCUAAGAAUGACAUUCCAAUGUUCCUACAGAUGGUCUUUUGCACUCACUGUCAUUGAUAACCUAGCAAUGAAUGUGUAUUCUCUCUUUAUUCUUGGAUGUAAAUUGCUUUAUUUGAUGUUUGUAGUGUUGUAUAAUGUAUACAUGUGUUGUUUUAGAGGAAAACGCCACCGGAGCCUCAGGUGAAUCUUAACUCCAUGCACUGGUGUGUGUAUGCUCGUCCGUGUGUGUGUGUGUAUGGCUGUGUGUAUUUGUGAAGGAGCUUCUCGCAGUGCCUGUGUAAUGUCUGUCCACCAAGAUCCAUUCCAAGACCCCUACCACUGUAAACCACUGUUAGACAUCAUUUGAUUUAUUUUGUUUCUGUUCAUUGCAAGAGCAAAGAGGAGGACAGCUAGCCUUGCCUUCCUGUCUCAUGUCUUUGUUCUAGAGGGAGAGACUGUUUUUUCCCCCUGUGUGACUGUAAAGGUCAAUGUCUUGUCCUCCUCGUCCUCUCACACGUUUUAUAUGAGCAGAUUGACUGGGUUUGGCCCACUUUGUUUCGUCUUUAUUUGAGGAGGUGCUCUGUUCUCCUUUCUCUCUGAAUUGGAAUCAAAUGGCACCAACUCCUCCUAUUUCCCAUGAUGCACCCCGAGUAACCUCGUGAGGCCACAGUGGAGGGGUGGGGGGGCUGGGGAGUUAGAAGGCAUACCAGCGAUGUGCUCUGGCGACCCUCGUAGCAACAGGCAGGCUGGCGCUAUCCUACCCACGCCUCCUCCUCCACCACAACCUGCGCUUUUGGGUUGCCAUGGAAGCCAGGUGUUACGCACACAUUACGAAGGGUUCCACCAGAGCUGCAACGCUGUCCCUGUCUGUUGCACUACUUUGCCUUACCUGUACAUGCUCUCUUUCUUUCAUUUUGUUCUGUUUUUUUGUGUCCCUUUCUUUCCCAAGCACUGAUUAAUAACAUAGGAGGCAUGAACGGAGAGUUCGUUCAGAAAUAAUGAAGUCCAUUUUGUGAAUUUGAAGAAUGUAUGUAAAUACUGACCUGAGUCAGAUCAAUGCUUUCACCUUCCCAAUAGCCACUGUAAAGAACUACCCAGCUCUUUUUACCGAUCUUCUUAUGGAGUCUAGAUUGUAGAUUUGAUGUUGUGGAUGGGAUCCCUGUUAUAUAUGGGAGUAAAUGGGCGUAAGGUUUGAUUUGACCAGGGAAAGGAUUGUGUCUUACUCAAGACUGGUUCAACUCAUGUGAAGCAACAGAGUUAGUGUUAAUUCUAGGUUUUGGUUGAGGAAUCCUGUACAUUGUGUGAAAUCGAGGGUUUCAGUCCUUUACCAUAAAUAUAUUAAUGCCUGUAAUAUAGUAUUUGUAUAAGAGGAAGAGGGGGAAAAGGCUUGAAGAUUUCAUCAUUACUUGUUAACAUAUCAAACUGUUUUUAAUGACUGAAGUCAUGCUAUCUUUAUUAGAAAUGUGAAAAUCAAAAAACAUUUCAUUAAAUCAAUUUGAAAUUCUA